AUGGGCUUCGUUGCGAUAUGCACCGCCAUCUACGACUACCACCCACAGAGCGCUGGCGAGUUAGAGAUCAAAGAGGGGGAGUUGCUAUAUAUCCUGGAGAAGAGCACCGAGGAUGACUGGUGGAAGGCAAAGAAAAAGGCAGCCGGGGACGAUGACGACGAACCCGAAGGCCUGAUCCCGAACAACUAUGUCGAAGAUGCAAAGCCCGCCCAUACUGCCAAAGCUCUCUAUGAUUAUUCUCGCCAGACUGACGAGGAAGUUUCCUUCGCUGAGGAUGCCCUACUGGACGUCUAUGAUACCUCCGACCCAGAUUGGACCCUAGUUGGCGUUGGUGAUGAUUUUGGUUUUGCGCCCGCCAACUACAUUGAGAUAUCAAGCUCGACAUCUACUGCACCCGCUGCCCCUCUACGGUCUCCCUCUGUGCGAUCAAGAGCAUACUCGAACCCACUGGCAGCUGAGCCAGAGGCGCCCGCAAGUCCGGCCUCUCCGGCUCGAUCUGUUCACAGUCCUGCGGCAAAUUUGGCCCGUGUCUUGGGAGGAGGUGCUCCUACUUCCCCAGCUGCUGCUCGAACAAUAUCGUCUCCGCCACCUGCAAUCCCUCGUCAACAAUUCACUCCAGAUGCCUCGGACGAAGAAGAGCCUGCACCAGCUCUCCCGCGACGACCUACAUCAGGAUCUCAAGGUCCACUUCCUUCUCCACCCUACAAUCGAGCCAUCCCACAGCCGGAGGACGAGGAGGGUGCGCUUCGAUCGGCCGGCGGUUUUCACCUAUACAAUAUAAGUGAAAUGGUCUCUGCCAUGGGUAGAAGGAGGAAAAUGCCGACAACACUGGGCAUCAAUAUUGCCACGGGCACGAUCAUGGUCGCUCCUGAAAAGUCAAGAGACGGGCCUUCACAGGAAUGGACUGCAGACAAGAUGACGCACUAUUCCAUCGAGGGCAAGCACGUCUUCAUUGAGCUUGUCAAGCCUAGUAAGAGUUUGGAUCUGCACGCAGGCGCAAAGGAUACUGCAGAAGAGAUCGUGUCAGCCCUGGGGGAAAUUGCGGGUGCUCAGAGGGCCGAAGGCCUCCGGGAGGUCAUGACUGCUGCCAGUGGCGGCGGCACGCACAAGAAGGGAAAGGUCCUUUACGAUUUUCCGGCUCAAGGUGACGAUGAAGUCACAGUUGGCGUAGGAGACGAGGUUAUCAUCCUGGACGACACCAAAUCCGAAGAGUGGUGGAAUGUUAGACGCCUGAAGAACGGCAAAGAAGGUGUCGUGCCCAGCAGCUACAUUGAGGUUACUGGGUUUGCAACAAUAGAGCCGCCUUCGCGCUCGGGUACUAAAGCUGGUUUGUCCGUGGUUGAUCAGAAUCGACUUGAAGAAGAACGGCUGGCAAGAGAGGCAGCCCGAGCUGACAGAGCUCGUCAAGAUGCGGAGCUCGCGAGAUCUCGCAGUGAAAUUCCCCAGCGCGGCAGCAGCCUUGCCGAUGAGCAACCGCGCCGACGAGAUCGGAGAGAAAAGGAUGAGCGAAAGAAGAGUCGCUCGAAGCCGGAUCCCGAGAAAGUGAGAACCUGGACAGACCACUCGGGGACAUUCAAGGUUGAAGCGGAGUUCUUGCGAGUUACAGACGGCAAGAUUCAUUUGCACAAGGUCAAUGGUGUCAAGAUCGCCGUUCCCGUAACGAAGAUGUCACCUGAAGACCUUGACUACGUUGAGCAGGUAAUUCACGAACCGAUCGAGGAGCACAUUCCAGUGGCUGAUUUGAUCAAGAUGAGACAUCGGAAUCAAGAACAACCAAAUUCUCGGAGCGGAGCUAGCGUUGGGGCGAGGGCACCAGAGCAGCCGAAAGCCCCCGAAUACGACUGGUUCGAUUUCUUUCUCUCGGCGGGUGUUGGUCCUCAUCAAUGCGACCGAUAUGCCCAGGCCAUGAUUCGGGAUUCGAUGGAUGAAAGUGUCCUUCCUGACAUUACACCCGAAACUCUGCGGACUCUGGGUUUCAAGGAGGGCGAUAUCUUGAAAGUCAUGAAGUUUUUGGAUCAAAAAUUUGCGCGAACACGAGCUCCCACGAUCAAUGGCACCAAUGGAGAAUCAGCACAGGGAGGCCUUUUCUCGGGCCCUGGUGGAACCUUGCAUAAUAAUACACGACGAGGCAGACCGGAAGCAACCCGGUCCACAAGCGAUGUUGUUGACGCAGACGCCUUUGCACCAAAGGAUGAAGAAAAGAAGCCACCUUCGGAUGCAAGGGCGACGCCUCUCACCCAGGCACCGCCGAGAGAGCCCGUCAAGGGCGGUUUCGACGAUGAUGCUUGGACUGUCAAGGCACCUAGCCGCCCACGCGCCGCCUCACAAUCUGCGCCAGCCCCUGCUGCUGUCAUUCCAUCACCGGGCCCUAAGCCUCCCACGGGAGCAACAAAAGAUUUGUCCUCCCUGCUCGACGGACCUCUGCCGGCUCCUCUUCAGCCUACUCCAGCGCCUGCUCCUAUGCCGGUUCAACAGCCACCACCUCAACCACAGCCACAGCCACAACCAGCUCCUGCUCCUGCUCCGGUCCUGUCUCCUCCUGUACAGCAACCCCAACAAACCGGUGCCAAUGCCGCUUUCUUCUCGCAAUUGAAUCAGCCUCCUGCGCAACUGCAGCCCCAGAUGACUGCGUUCCAACAACCGCAGCAGCAGUUGAACGUCCCCCGACAGCGACCCUUGGCACCACAACAGAGCUUUGCCGGUGCCGGGCUGCUUCCGCCUCCUCCUCGCCCGACUUCUGCUCCUCAAAACCCGCAGCAGAACCAGUUCGGACUGCAGCCGUUGCAACCGCAACUGACAGGCAUUCCACGAGCGUCUGCUCUGCAAGCUCCUCCUGGGCAGAGCUUGAAUGAUCUAUCACAGCAACGCUUGCAGCAGCAAUUCCAGCAGUUGCAGUUGCAACCUCAGGCUACCGGCUUCAUUCAACCAAACCAAAGUAUCGGGCAAUUUGGACUGGCUCCGCAACCUACUGGUUUCCAGCAGCCGCAGCAAUUCGGCCAGUUCCCACAGCAGCCAUAUAUCAAUGGGAACGCAGCGGGCAGUCCUUUUGCGGAUCCACGACCACCUUUCCAGCCCCAACCCACAGGUAUGCAAUUCCAGCAAAGCCCACCGACGGGCGGCAUCAACACGGUCCUUCCACCAGCGCUUCAACCGCAAAGGACUGGGUUCGUGUCUCCUCCUCCACAACCUCAGGUCAAUGGCUUUGGGUCAGGUGUUCCCCAAGCAGGAUUCCCUCAGCCAGCAUCGCUUCAACCCCAACAGACCGCCUUUGGACAGCCUCUGCAACCACAAGCCACUGGCUUCGGGCAAGUGCCGCAGCAAAACGGGUUUGGGAACUUCCAGGCGCCACCGGUGCCCCCGCUGCCACCUCUUCCUCAACUCCCGACUAUUGCACCUUUGCAGCCACAAAAGACGGGCCCUGCACCUGAUGUGAAAUUCGGCCCUCAGGCCAAGAAGUUGACUCCUCAGCCGACGGGUAGAAGGGCAAACCUUGCCAAUGCGAGUAAGUUCUCAUGCGACUGGUUAUGUCUGAUUCGAGGGAUACUGACAAGACUAUAG